AUGGUUGUGGUUGGGGCAUUCUGCCUUCUUUUACUUGUAUCAGCAGUUAAGGAUGUUGGUGAACUCUCCUUUAAAAAUACAUGUAGGUGUGGACAUUGUAAGAAAUUAGCCCCCGAAUAUGAAUCUGCUGCCAAAACUUUAGAAGAAACUGGUUCUACAGUAAAAUUAGCUAAGGUCGAUGCCACCGAGAAUAAAGGAUUGGCCAACAACCAUGGAGUGAAGGGAUAUCCAACUCUUAAAUUUUUCCAGCACGGAGAACCCUCAGAUUAUACAGGUAUUCAGAACCCUCAGAUUAUACAGGUAUAUAGAACUCUCAGAUUAUACAGGUAUGCAGAACCCUCAAAUUUUACAGGUAUAAAGAACUCUUGGAGUACAUAUUUAUAUGCAACCCUCAGAUUAUGCAGGUAUAUAGAACCUUCAGACUACAAAUACGACAUUCAAAUGCUGGGUUUCUUCAAGGAUGCUGAAUCUGCUGAAGCAAAGGCAUAUCUCCAGGCAGCUGCAGUACUCGACGACCAGUUGUUUGCCAUCACAUCCGUUCCAGAAGCGUUCUCAAAAUUUGCAGUUUCUGGAGAUAAUGGUGUUAUUCUACUCAAGAAAUUUGAUGAAGGAAGAAAUACUUUAGAAGGAGAUAUUACUAUUGACUCUGUAAAAACCUUUGAACUGAGUAACACAGAAACUGCUAAGAUGAUAUUUGGACAACAGAUUCAAGGACAUUUUAUGAUCUUCUCAUCAGCAGAGGAUGAAAAACAUGAACACAGAAUCCACACUGCCAGAAAAAUAGCAAAGGACUACAAAGGAAAAGUGAUGUUUGUAUCUGUGACUACUGAUGAGAAAGAACAUCAGAAAGUUCUAGAGUUCUUCGGUAUCUGGGAUGUUCCCACUUACAGGAUUGCAAAUGUAAUGGAGGACUUUGUCAAGUACAAACCUGAGACAAAUGACUUCAGCGAGGAAAGCCUUCGCGGAUUUAUUGAAAAAUACUUGGCCGGAGAACUGUCGCCAGAUCUAAAAUCAGAAGCUUUACCAGAGGACUGGGAUGCAACACCAGUCAAGGUUUUGGUGAGCAAAAACUUUGAAGAAGUUGCAUUGGAGGAGGGAAAAGAUGUUCUUGUAGAAUUCUAUGCUCCAUGGUGUGGACACUGUAAGAAGUUGACUCCUAUCUGGGAAGAGUUGGGAGAAAAGUUCAAGGAUAUUGAUGAUGUUGUAAUUGCCAAAAUGGAUUCCACAGCUAAUGAGGUUCUUCAAGUCAAGAUCCGUGGAUUCCCAACAAUUAAACUGUUUAAGAAGGAUAAUACUGUAGUUGACUAUGCAGGAGAUAGAACUCUAGAUUCAUUCGUCAAGUUUCUUAGACCAGAGAUGGCUGAACCUGAGGUUGAAGCUGAGCCUGUGGCUAGCGAGGAACCGGAGAAAAAGGAUGAGCUGUAGAGAGAACCUUCUAUAAUUCCUUUCUAUCCCGGAGUCCUCAUUAAACUUGGUUAAAAAUGUUUGAUAAAAAGUGUACUUGUUAAAAAUUGUUGUGACUUAAUAAACUUCUGGUUUUUUU